AUGCCAGACAACAACGAAAGCAGCACUGACGGUUUCCUUCUCCAGGGGUUUUCAGAUUAUACAGAGCUACAGAUUCCAUUGUUUUGUCUGUUUCUUAUGAUUUAUCUUUUAACCCUUAAGGCAAAUUUACUUAUCCUAAUAGUGAGUUACAAAACCUCUUUAAUUCAAACCCCUAUGUAUUUCUUCCUAUGCAAUCUCGCAUUUAUUGAUAUCUUUAGUUCCUCUGUGUAUCAGCCAAAACUUCUUUUGGUUCUCCUAAGAGGAGACAAUACAAUUUCUUUCAUUGGCUGCAUAUUCCAGCUACACUGCUUUAUGUCUUUGGCAUGUACUGAAUUUGUUUCGUUAACUGUCAUGGCGUAUGACCGCUAUGUUGCUAUUUGUAAUCCUUUGAGGUAUUUGAUUGUGAUGAACAGAAGAUUCUGUGUUAUAUUGGUCAUUAGUUGCUGGAUGGUUGGCUUCACAGAACCACUGUCACACACUUUGCUUGUAUCAACAUUGCCUUUUUGUGGUUCCAGAGCACUAGACCAUUUCUUUUGUGAUCUCAUCAUAUUAUUAAAACUGUCUUGUAAGGAUACAUUUUUUAUUGAGUUGUUAACAUAUAUUUUAGGCUCAAUAAUAGGACUUCCUGCCUUUAUUCUUAUUAUAGGCUCUUAUAUUUACAUUGUUGCCACUAUACUAAAGAUCCAUUCUUCUUCAGGAAGAAAGAAAGCUUUCUCUACUUGUACCUCCCACGUCACUGUGGUCAUUGUCUUCUAUGGCAGCAUUUUGAUAACCUAUAUGAGACCUCCUUCUCAGUAUUCAACCAUUCUAUCAAAACCAUCUGCCUUUUUAUACACUUCCAUUACCCCCUUAAUCAACCCAUUUAUAUACACUUUACGAACCAAGGAAAUGAAACAAUAUGUUUCUAGGCGAAGCAUUGUUAAACAUUGA